AUGCCUGGUUCGGCCAAUGGCGUGCGCUUUGCGCUCGAGAGGGACCUCACCAAGUUUUCUAAAGUCCUACGCAGGAAAGGUCGAUUCUACAUCACCAUGGAAAACGCCUUAGAUGAAGAGAACACCGGUAUAUUUUAUGUAGAUCUCGAGGUAUCCUACUAUGGGGGACUGCUCUCCCCACACGUGCCUCACACCCUGCUCCCUCUCUCCUCCUCCAAGACACGUGGCCGACCCCUUGUCCUCUCCGGGAAAGACGCCAAAGGAAUCCUGGGGACCAGUCAGCAGUCGCCAGGUGGCGGCUCGUACUUUAGCCUGGCGUCCGCUUCGGUCAUGGUGUCGAGUUUCCCCAGGAAUUUGGUCCGUGCUGAGCUGGAUCUGACGUUGACGGCGCAUGGUGAUGACAGGGCGUACUUCAGUAACAUGCUGGAGAGUUACCACUCCGCCCUUCCUGACUCUCUCAAGGCGAACUUCAUUCCUGGGAGCCCUUACCGCGAGAUAGUCAUCUACAUAGACGGACGAUUUGCAGGAUCCUUCUUCCCCUUCCCCGUGCUCUCUCCCUCCUCCCUCCGCCGCUCCCUCUGGACCCCCGUGGUGGGAAUCGGGUGCUUUGCAUUGGAGCCAUACUCGUUAGACGUGACCCCGUUUGUGGGAUUGCUUGCGGACGGGAAGAAGCAUAAUGUCACUGUAGCGGUUUCAGGGGUGCUGCCAGGAGGGGUGUGGCUGGCGAGUGGGGUGUUUCGCUUGUGGCUGGAUCCAAUUCUGCUGAAGACCACAGGGAAAAUCAACGUCUUUGAUGUUCCGGCACUACAGUACUACGAGCCGCCGCCCAACAUCUACACUGGCAUAGAUGGAACCCUGGAGGCCACUGCCAUGCGGCGUUACACCAUUGGUGGGCGAAUCCUCACCUCUCGUGGGGUGGUAACCAGCCUGGUGAAAGCCUACCAUGUGCUUCAGAGCCGCACAGAGGCGCUCGGGCAGCUGAAAUUCCUCAAGACAGAGUACAAUGUUGUCGCGAAUGUGACAACAAGGAGGGGUAGGCCGAGUGGAAUGCUGAUUGCAAAGGACACGGUGACGCAUCAUUUCCCAUUGACCAUCACCCAAACGGUGUUUUCAGAUCAAGAUGGAGGCACGUCCUUCAAGCUCUCCCUCUCCCACAGCUUCCAGCAGCAGCACCUUCACAAAGAUGGCAACAGCCUCACAAAAUCCACCCAAGAAUCGCUCUCCAACUCCCAGGCAUGCAACCUGCUUGAGUAUGGGAUCAGCACUGAUAGCACCGCUACCGGUACAUCCAGCCCGCUAACUAGCAGCGGGCUGAGUGCCACUAACAACACUGGCACUAUAGCAAAACCUGCUGCAAACGGUUCAGAAGCUGGUGAUAGUGCUGACGCCACUGGUAUGGUGGUAGGGCCGUUCUCCACACCUGAUUUGGUCGUGGUGGGGGGGUCCCAGACCCUAAGCAUUCGAGGUAGCAACAAAAAGGCUUGCUUCUGGCGGAAUGUAGAGACAGGGGGGCUGCAAGUGCUCUCGGACGGAUCUGAGCACAAGUGCUAG